AUGUCCAGCAAGAGUGAAAGCGUCCGCGUAUGCGUACGCAUCCGUCCACUCAGCACCAAGGAGGUGCAAGAUGGACGGACGUAUAUUGUCCACGCCAAUCCCGGUCAGGGCGAAAUAUCGCUUUCCAAUCCAGAAGCGGAUGCCAGGGAGCCUCCGAAGAAAUUCACAUUCGACGCGGCCAUUCCACCUGAAAGUUCACAGCAAGACGUGUAUGCGCAGGCAGCAACCGACAUUGUCGAGUCAGUCGUGAAUGGCUUCAAUGGAACCAUCUUCGCCUAUGGCCAAACAGGUGCCGGCAAGUCGCACACGAUGGAGGGAUACUCGGAACCACCCGAGGCUAAAGGUAUCAUCCCCAACUCCUUCUCUCACAUCUUCGAUCGUAUCGCUGCAGAGGCCGACAGCAAACAAUUCAUGGUGUACGCGUCUUAUCUCGAGAUCUACAACGAAGAGAUCCGUGACCUGCUCGCACCCGAUCCAAAAAAUCGUCUUGAACUCAAAGAAACCGUGGACGCCGGUGUCUUUGUAAAGGAUCUGACGUCUCGCCAAGUUGCAGCCGCCGCUGAGAUCGACGCUGUGAUGCAACAGGGGAAGAAGAACCGCAGUGUCGGAGCCACACUCAUGAACCAGACGUCUUCACGCUCGCAUUCCAUGUUCACCAUUACAGUUGAAGCGUUAUCCGCAGCGCAGUCCGAGGCCAACGGGAAGCCUCAUAUCUGUGUGGGCAAGCUGAACCUCGUGGAUCUCGCGGGUAGUGAGCGACAAGCCAAGACAGGAGCCACUGGAGAUCGCAUGAAAGAAGCGACGAAGAUCAACUUGAGUCUAUCAGCGUUGGGCAACGUCAUUUCUGCACUCGUAGACGGAAAAUCACAGCAUAUCCCGUAUCGUGACUCGAAACUUACGCGUUUGCUUCAAGAUUCUCUUGGUGGCAAUGCCAAGACAGUCAUGAUUGCCAACUGCGGGCCUGCUGACUACAAUUAUAAUGAAACAUUGUCCACUCUGCGCUAUGCGAACCGUGCUAAGAACAUCAAAAACAAACCUAAGAUCAAUGAAGACCCGAAAGACGCUAAGAUUCGAGAGUAUCAGGAGAAGAUUAAGGAACUACGUGAAGCUCUGGCUGCUCAGGAGAAGAAUGGACCGGUUGCGUCGAGUGGUGAAGGUAAAUCCUUCUCAAAAGACGGUAGCUCUGUUGCCGCUCCGCAGAUUGUGGAGCGGAUUGUAGAGAAGACGGUGGUGAAACGUGAAGGUGUAAGUGAAGAAGUCUUAAGAAAACUGGAGGAAGAUGCACGACGUGAAAAGCGUGAGCUCAAACAGAAAGCACAAGAAGAGAUGAAGGCUCUACUUGCGGCUCAAUCACGAACUGAAGAGGAACGAGAUCAACUUGAACGCGAGUUGCAGUCUCAGGCGCAGCAAAAAGAAGCCAUGUCCAAGCAGAAGGACGAAAUGGUCAGUCAAUUGGAGGCUUUAGAGCAUAAACUCAUCUCUGGUGGACGUGUACUGGAUAAAGCUGCUAAGCAGGAGCGUCAACUUCGUGAAGCUCAAGCUCGCGUAGAAGCUCAGAAGCGUCAGGAACUGCAGCUAGCACGAGAACUGGCGGAAAAGGAAGACUCCAAUAUGCUUCUAGAAGAACAGUAUACGACACUACAGGAAGCCGUAGAUGACAAGACAAGGAAGCUCAAGAAACUCUGGGCUAAGCACAAGGCUGCAACGACGGAAAUCGAGGACCUUAAAGUUGAGUUUCAAGCUGAGAAGGAAGAUAUGCUGGACACGGUUCGAGAAUUGACACGUCAACUCAAACUCAAACACCUACUACUUAGCCACUUCGUGCCUCUGGAUGAGGCGCAGAGUCUCGAGAAACGAGCUCGAUACGACGCCGACCAUGACGCCUGGCAAGUCAGUCGUCUCGAGACAAAGCCGUCGUCUCUGCGUCCUAAGCGCCCGAUUUCUCGUCGUGGCGCUCGACGAAUUGAGAGCGAGUAUGCGAGGCGGAAUCGACUCAUCGAUCCGCUCAAUGUUCGCUGGCGCAGCGACAAUGUGGUUCAACUCGACUUGGAGAUGCCGGAGCGUCGAACACGCGACUUUGAGGCUGCAAAUGGAACUGGUUAUGCGAUCAGCAUGGACUAUUGGCUUGAGCGCGUCGGUGUGACGUCCGAGAAUGAAGUUGAGAUCUCAUUCGCCAACGAGAUAGAAGUUGCUCCCAGUGGAUUGGCAGGCAGCAAGGAGAGGUCUCAAUCAUCUUCGAAUGGAGGAAGCAAAGAGAGCAAGGACGGAGCUAAGAAAACGUCGAGUUCAAAUAGUGCUGACGAUAAGAGCAAGAAAAGUGCUAGCAAGAGACCACCGACGGCAAGCCGGCGCCGUCGAGAGUCAAGUGAUGAGUGAAGGUGCAUGCAAAUAAAAACAUUUGCCUUGGCGG